CCGAAAGGCAUUUUUCUAAUCUGUGUUAUUCCUGGCGUCAGCUCGAUUUUCAUCAAUCGGAAUCCUAAAAGCAGAUGAUUAACAGAAAUCAAAUUGACUAACUGGCGGUGAAUUCCCUGUUCUAGGUUUCAAGAGAGGAAUACGUUCAUCAAUUAGGAGUAUGUCUUCGACGAACUACUCAUCGGUUGACAAGGAGAUGAUACCUGAAACAGAAGUUCGACAAGUUGAAUUACCUAACGAAGUUGAAGAUUUGUAUGGAGGAGUGACUCUAAGUGUGGAGCAGUCUAUGGAUCCAACGGUCUUCCUUAAUUUGCUUAGGGUUUCGCUGUCAAAAUGGAAGCAGCAGGGAAAGAAGGGGAUCUGGAUUAAGUUGCCUCUUGAACAGGCUAGUCUAGUUGAAGUUACAGUGAAGGAAGGAUUUAAGUAUCAUCACGCUGAACCAGAUUACCUAAUGCUUGUUAAAUGGAUUUCUGAUGCUCCUGAUACUAUCCCAAUAAACGCUUCACAUCGUGUAGGGAUUGGUACUUUUGUCAUGAAUAGCAACAGAGAGGUGCUUGUUGUUCAGGAGAAAAGUGGUGCGUUCAAAGGCACUGGUGUGUGGAAGCUACCUACUGGGGUUGUUGAUGAGGGCGAAGAUAUAUGUGUAGCUGCAAUUAGAGAAGUAAAAGAAGAGACAGGAAUUGAUGCAGAAUUUGUGGAAGUUUUAGCAUUCAGACAAAGCCACAAGUCAUUCUUUGGCAAGUCGGAUUUGUUUUUCCUUUGCAUGUUACGGCCAUGCUCCUAUGACAUCCAGAUGCAAGAUUCAGAGCUUGAGGCUGCUCAGUGGAUGCCAAUUACGGACUAUGCAGCCCAAUCUUUUAACAAAAGAAACGAAUUGUUUAAUUAUGUGGCCCAAAUCUGUGUAACAAAGUCGGAGAAGGAUUACCAUGGCUUCUCUCCAGUUUCUGCAACUACAGGCUCUGGCAAAAGGAGCUAUCUAUACUUCAACACAGGCUCUGGCAACCAAUAACUGACCUUUUUUCUAAUCAAUAAGAUUGUCUUUUCCGAGGAAAUCAUAUAAUAACGUUAAAUUGUAUCUUUUUUUAGUAUUGCAGUCUUUCAACAAGUAACAAAAAGUUUUAAUAACUUAUAAUCACUUUUCUCCUCAUCUUUUACUGGUUGCACAGCCUGACUUGUGCUC